GAAUGAAAACGAUGUCUCAAGAUUAAAAUCAUGAGGCACUAAAUACAAACAGUUUAAACUUCACUUAUUAGCGUCAAUGCGCAUGCUCAGUAGCUCCUUGUCGACAAUCGCCACGUGCACUCAGACCCAACAUGCCGCUCAGGAAACCGUUGUCGAGUCCGAAUGUCAACGACUCCUCACCACCUCCACCUGUGCCUUCCGCCAUGCCCGCUACCCUCGCAGGCCUCUCCAGUGGUGGCGACUUUGGAAACGGUUCACCAUUAGAGACCUGGAACAGCACUCUGUCAAGCUCAGCCCUACCAGCACUCACGGUUUAUGCCUGCAACUACUGCGGUCAGCCAGGGAACCUUCGCUGUAAGCGCUGCAAGAAGAUGCAUUAUUGCUCUGUGGUUUGUCAGGCAGAAGACUGGAAGGCACACAGACCUGUAUGCAAGCCUGUUGAUCCCGAACCUGCAAAAGAAAAGCCUAAGGAAAAUGCUUCUUUGUCAGAUGGAACCCACCUGCCAGCCUCAAUGUCCAAGGAAUCAGCCAGCUAUAAGAGAGUCUAUCUGAAAGACUUGUAUACAACUGAAGUCAUCAUGGGGCCAGAGAUCCAGGCAACUGUUGUUGAGGUGUACAGCCCUAGUAGGUUCUUCCUCUUACAUCAAAAUCCUGAGGUGCUGGAAGCUCUACAGAACAUCAGCACAGGACUGCAGGAAGCUUUCAGAAACACCUCAGUGUCACUUUAUGUACCCUGUGUUGGAGAGGUUUGCACAGCUCAGUUUUCCAGUGACCUGAACUGGUACAGAGGCCUGGUCCAGACUCUGUCUGCGGACCAAAAGAUGGCGAACAUCCUUUACAUUGAUUUUGGCAAUGAAGAAGAUGUCCCAGUUGAUAGGAUCAGACCCUUGCCCACUAAUAUCCAGCUGUUUAGGCCAUGUGCUAUGGCAUGCCAGAUUGCUGGUGUGGUGCCGGUGUUAAAUCAGUGGUCAGACGAGUGCUGUGUUGCAAUGAAACAACUGCUGGCAGGCAAGAUUGUGACUGUUAAGCUGUUGGAGACGUUGGACAAUGGUCAUAUCCAUGCUGUGGAUUUGCUGCUGUCUGCAGGAAAGCAGCUCAGUGCUUUCCUUCUUCAGGGGGGAUAUGCUCAAAAAUGUACCAUCAGUGAAGCCCCCACUGAGGAAGAUGUUUGUGCCAUGUUAGCCACAUCCUUGAAAAAUUUCCAGCGUUUCUCUGAUGGAAAAGAUGACAACAAAUGGGCUCAACCACCUGAGCCAAUCAAACAGUUUGUAGGAGACCAGCUUUCAGUUUUCAUCACCCACCUUCAGUCACCAAAUGAUCUUAUUGUGCAGAAGGUGGACAAUGCUGGACUUGUCCAGGAUUUGCAGCUGAAGCUGAGAGAACACUGUUCCCAGGUUGCAGCCUCACCGAACUUCAGACCGGCCCCUGAAACUGUUUGUUGUUCCCAGUUCUCAGAGGACAAGCAGUGGUACCGAGCUAAAGUUUUGGCUUAUCCAUCAGAGCAGCGCAUAAUUGUUGGCUACUUAGAUUUUGGCAACUCAGAGGAGGUGGCUUUAAGCCAGCUACGACCUAUUAGCCCCCCACUGUUGGCCCUUCCGAUGCAGGCCAUGCAUUGUAGUCUAGCUGAGGUGCAGCCUAAUGGGCAAAGCUGGUCAAAGGAAUGUGUGGAGGCCCUGCAGCUCCGGGUGCUUAACAGAAUACUAAACAUAGAGAUCCUGGGAGAAGACAAGGGCAAGUUCUUGGUGUCUAUGUCUGAUGAGACGAGUGAUCCUGUGGACAACAUAGCCACGCUGCUGAUUGCUGCAGGUUACGCUGCUCCUGCUCUUGUUACGACCAUCCCUACUCAAGCCGAGGAAAAGACUGCUUCUGCAGCACAAAUUGUGUCUGAGCCUCUGGUUUGGUCUUCUGCUGAGCUCCCCUCUGAUGGCCAGAAGGUGGUGCUGUUGCCCAUUGUUGUUGAGAGCCCUGGAAAGUUUUACUGCCAGCAGAGCACAGAGCUUGAGAAGCUAAAGGAACUGGGGGCUCAGUUGAAGCAGCAUUGUGAGGCUGAUGCAACAGCAUUUGUACCCAAAGUGGGAGAGCCGUGCUGUGCACAGACUUCUGGUGAAGGAGCGUGGUACCGGACUAUGGUGACGAGCGUCCACAAGGACAGUGUAGCUGUGAGCCUUGUGGACUAUGGUUACAACAAGUUGGUGAAAAGAAGUCACCUUCGGCCCAUCACAGCCAAACUGUUGGUGCUACCAUUCCAGGCAGUCUGCUGCUGGCUUGCAGGUGUGGAGCCCGUCGGAUCAGAGUGGAGCAGCGAGGCCAUCCUGUGGUUUCAGACCCUGGUGGACAACGAACAGCUCACCGCUCGCGUCCUCUCCUUCACCGAGCAGGGCUACGGCGUGGAGCUCGAGAGUAGAGGCCAGAAUGUUGCAGCUACAUUACUUUGUGAGCAGCUUGUUAAACCUUAUGGAGAAUGUUUUAAGGAACCAUCGCCUGUAAAGGUGAGCUCCAUGAUCAAACAGGAAGAUGGUGUGAAGGAACACGAGUACAACGUUCAAGCUAACAAUCAGACAGAAACCUGUUCCAGUCAGUCAAGUGAAAUGCUGACAGCAGUGACUCAAGAAGUAGCAUCGUUCCCCGUGGACUGGAAAACAGUGGAGCUGCCUCUCAAGGAGGUCUUUCAGCCUUGCAUCACAGCAGUCAUUAAUCCUUCCCUGUUUUACCUGCUCUGUCCCGCCCAGGUGGACCAACAGAAGCUUCAGGAGGUGAUGGAGAAGCUGGCUGUUUAUUGCGGCAGCAACAAGGACAACGUUUCUGCAGCUGAAAAGUGCAAACCUGCCCCUGGAUCGGCCUGUUGCGCCCAGUUCUCUGCUGAUAAUAACUGGUACAGAGCAGUGGUCCUAUCAGUUGGUGAGAAUGAGAUGAGUGUCCUCUAUGCGGACUACGGUAACUCUGAGAAGGUACCACACUCCAGAAUCUUGCCCAUCCCCACACACCUGUUGGCGCUCCCUUUCCAGAUAGCUCGCGGCGCCCUCGCUGGGAAGGAGCACUUUCCUUCAGAUUGGCCAGAAGAAGUGCAGCAGGUGUUCCAGAGUGAGCUGGCUAACGGAGUCCUGGCCUCAGUUCAGUCAUUUGACGGCUCUGCUAAUGUGCUGUGUCUCACUCGCCCCGCCGUGAGAGGCGGGGGGGAUCUUACUGCCAUGAUGUUGGAUACACUGCAUGCCCAUUCCAAGAGUAGCCCUCACCCAAACGCCAGCCCAAGCAGUGACCGAGAUGGCUGCUUCACAUCCCCGAGCACUUCAUCUGUACCUGCCGGUCCCAAGCCUCCAUCUCAUACGGAGCUGGGAAACGCAGCGGAUACCUCCGACACGACCAAACCCUCAGAGCCAACCGCCCAGUCCAUUUCUGCUGCACCUGUCAGUGAAGAUCCAGUGAAGAAGGACGUAGACCAAAUAGAGCCACAAGACCAAAACAGUUCAACUAUCUCUGAUCAUCAAACUUCAAGCUGCUGCUGUCAAAGCCUCAAAAAGCAGAUUGACAACCUGGAACAUCUCAUCAAGCAGCUGUUGGACAGACAAUAAGAUGUCCAUGACUCGACUGUUACUUUAAUCAUCAAAGUAACAAAACUGUAACGUUUAAUGGUUCUGUUUUAUCUGUUUGGUUUGUCUUUAAUGCUCCCACUGUCUUCAUGGGUGAUCCCGCAAGGAAAGUUGACCAUUGAGCAGGGUUGAUGGUUUAUCCCUUGAGGUCUACGUGGCAGGGGUGAGGUGGUGCUCACUCCUCACCCCUGCCACGUGGACCCAAGGGAUAAAACAUCAACCCUGCUCAAUGGUCAACUUUCCUGGCGGGGUCACACCCAUUAGGACAGUGAGAGGGUUACGUUAUUGUUCUUAGAAACAAUGCUGCACUGUAUAAAUGGCUCAAAUUGUUUUAAUCUGUGGCUAAGUUCCAGUUGGUUUCGUGUUUAGGUUUUUCUGGAAACAACCUGUUUUAUUUUCUAGUUUUCUGUACAAGCCAGCAGCGGUUAAUCCUCUGUUCUACAGUGUGUUCUUACACAUUCUACCUGUGUAUUUGUUCACCUGCAGGGAUGGGAUGGGUAACUUUAUUUACCUUUGAAAUUUACAUAAAGUUUAUAUGGAUUAAAACAAAGAAAAUGUGUGUUGUUUAUUUGUACUUUAU